CCCAAGUCAUCUCUAUAGUGCCUCUGUAUUCCUACGUCCGAUACCUUGAAUGCUGUUAUCUAAAUACGAUUUUUACCCUGAUUUCAUCUCCUAUUCACAGUUGCAAAGCGGGAUACAGUCAGUUAGGCGUUUUCCUGCGAAUUACGCUCCAUAUCCACAGACGAGGGUGGCGAGAACUUUUGCGGCUUUUGUUGGAUUUAUGUUCACUACGAGGACGCAUACGGGACUCCGUUUCAGAAGCGAUUUGUAAUAUUUUUACAUACUUGGCUGUAGCAGAUUCCCAGACAGAUUUUUCGAAGAUCUGCUAAAAAAAUAUCAGCUUUAAAACCACAUCGGCUCUAGAGUGUCAACCGAUCGUAGGAAGACUGAGAUCACUUGCAGUACAGUGUCUGUCAAACUGUCUAUGAUAGACACCCCUGGACCGAUAAAGCAAAGCGGAUUUAAUCGUAUGAAUUAAAUCAAGAAUGUUUUCACUUGGGAAACCUGCUUUCUUUUGGAAACAAGUUCGAGGAUAACUUUGUGUGUUUAUGUAGCCUAAUUACAGAAUUGAAAUCUAGAAGCCGUUUGUUGCCAAAAUGGAACUUUUCCAGAUUGUCCUGUUCCUUUUUGAGAUUGUUCUGCUGUCGGACUGCGCGAGGGGUCCUCCCCGCGUGUCGGAGCAGGUGGCCCACCGGCAGACGGUGAGGAUCGGCCGCACCAUGAAGCUGCCGUGCCCUGUGGAAGGGGACCCCCCUCCCCUCAUAAUGUGGACAAAAGAUGGCCGCAACAUCCACAGUGGCUGGACGCGCUUCCGCGUGCUGCGCCAGGGCCUGAAGAUCAAAGAGGUGGAGGCCGAGGAUGCGGGGACCUUCGUCUGUAAGGCCACCAACGGCUUUGGCAGCGUCAACAUCAACUACACGCUCAUCGUCAUUGAAGACUCCAGCUCUGGGAGGGACGGACUAGCGACCCCCAAUGGGGCUAACACAGAAUACGCCACCGACGACCUUUCAGCUAAACUGGUGAGGCCUCGGUUCACCCAACCCGCCAAGAUGCGCAAGCGGGUGAUCGCCCGGCCUGUGGGCAGCUCCAUUCGCCUCAAGUGCGCCGCCAGUGGGAACCCACGGCCUGACAUCACCUGGCUGAAGGACAGCAAGCCGCUGUCUCCGCAGGAGGUGGGCGAGGGUCGCAAGAAGAAGUGGACCUUGAGCCUGAAGAACCUGACGCCGGAGCACAGCGGGAAGUACACCUGCCGCGUCUACAACAGGGCCGGCGAGAUCAACGCGACCUACAAAGUCGAAGUGAUCCAACGUACCAACUCCAAGCCCAUCUUGACUGGCACCCAUCCGCUGAACACCACGGUGGACUACGGAGGGACGACAUCAUUUCAGUGCAAAGUUCGCAGUGAUGUCAAACCCGUCAUCCAGUGGCUGAAGCGAGUGGAGCCGGGGGACGAAAGCAAGUACAACUCCACCAUUGAGGUGGGCGACCACCGGUUUGUGGUGCUGCCCAUGGGUGAAGUGUUGUCGCGGCCAGACGGCUCCUACCUUAACAAGCUGCUCAUCAGCCGCGCCAAGGAGGAGAACGCUGGCAUGUAUAUCUGUCUGGGCGCCAACACCAUGGGCUACAGCUUCCGCAGUGCCUUCCUUACAGUCCUGCCAGACCCCAAACCUCCAACAAUCCCAGUAUCCAUCCCGACAUCACACAGCCUGCCCUGGCCAGUCAUCAUCGGGAUACCGGCGGGGGUGGUCUUCAUCGUCGGGACUAUCUUGUUGUGGCUCUGCCAGUCUAAGAAGCACUGCUCCUCAGGUGGUGCGGUGACCGCUCCCUCUGGCCAGGCGCCCCACCGCCAGCUGCCCCGGGACAUGGUCGGCCUUCCUGUUGCUGACAAGGACUGCAUGGGAUCCCUCAGCUACGACGAGUACCUGGCCCAGCAGCAGCAGCUUCUCUUGACCCAGGGGGGCACUUCUCUGGCUCCUAAAAUGUACCCAAAGAUCUACACCGAUAUCCAUACGCACACCCACUCACACGUGGACGGGAAGGUGCACCAGCAUCAGCACAUUCACUAUCAGUGUUAGCCUUCAAGCUCUGGCUUCAUCUCCCCAUCCGACCUGGAUACCCGCCCUCUCUGCACUGUGUCCCUGGACCUCUGUCCUAAAAUGAGGUACCACGGAGGACCUUCCUCACUGCCAUGCCCAUACCUUUCACAUCCUGAGGUAAAUCAUGGGAGGGGACAGACUUUGUGGGAUCCACAAAUGCAACAGACAAAUCUAUGAGCUCUUCCUUCUGGAGGAGAGCAAAGAAGAUAACUUAGCUGGGACAAAAUCAGCAUGGUUAUGUUGCUUCUGUGAGAUUCCCUUUGCUUGGUUUGGGUUUCAACUUUGUUUUUCAUGCCAGUUUUCUUGGGCUCGUACUGUGAUCUUGGUGAAAGGCUGCACAAAACAGACACGGACUUCAAGCUGUGGCACGGUCCAACAAACACAGUUGGAGAUUACUGGUAACAGAGGAAGAAUGGAUGCAUUAUGGGCCAGUCAUUUCUGUGUUCUUAUGGACUAACCUGAAUUAAGAAAACCAGCUGAAAAGUGAUGAUUAUUCUGCACUUAAAGGGCUUCUCUGGGUAUAAAUCAAAAGAGCAGAAAUGGACUUUGUUACGGGGAUCGCUUUAGGAGUUGCUUUCUGAAACCUGAUUAGUUCUAAUCAUCAUUAGAGGAACUUGAAAAUGCUGUUUAAUAAUAGCGGGAAAUGGAAUGCUAUGAAAAAUGCAGAACAGUGCCUCACGAAAGCGAGCAGGGAUUAAUAAGGCUCAUAUUCAUGUCACCUGACUGCACGACCCCCACUUUGCACUUACUGUCAAAGUAGGAGUGUGGCCUCAAAAAGCCAAGUUUGGGGAGGGGGCAUGCUCCUGAACAUGGGCAGCCUUUCUUCAUUUUGGCUUGGACUGCUUCCCUUUCGGUUUCCUCCACUGCUCCUGUCCUAUCGGCCUUUCUGAGAUGGCAGGCUGGUGUUAGAAAUACCACAAAAGGGCAGGUUUAGCUCUUGUAUACUCAGGUGUCCCUGACUAUUCACAGUUUUUGUUUUUGUGUCUUUUUGUUUGUGUUUUUGAACAUGUGUAUGUUUCCCUGACCACUAUUGCUGCCAACCGAAAACUGCAUUAUUGCUGCCUCAGGCUGCCGCCUCUCUGCCCGCCUCUUGUCGGCUUAGGGAACGAGCAGCGUGUGCAGCUUGCUAGAUAAGUUGUGGUGGGACCUGCCGACAUCCAAAUGCCUGGGGUUGCCACUUCGUAGGGGGUUUGUCUGUGAAACGUGCAAAGGGGCAGAGACCGAAAGUCAUCAGAUCCCAGUGUCACGGUCAUCCUGUGUUUACAUCUGAAGUCAUGCAUCAGCGCUGAGUGGACCUGCCAAAUCAAAUAUCCACCAGUUAAAAAAACACACUUGGAUUCACUAUACAGUUAAGAAAAUGCCUAUAACACUAUUUAAUUACCAUAAACUCUUACUAUCCUUGAGGCAAUAAUGGACCUUGACAAUGCCUAUUUGGACUAGAGUCAAAUUUAACCACAAAAUAUAAAGCUUUAGUAAUUCUAUAUAGAUUUUAAACAGAAGUCAUGUAUAUUUAAUUUAUUUUGUUAAGCAAGAAAUUAUGUAUAAUUUUUUUCAUCAGAUCAGGCAUUUCUAUACAUAUUUUGAUCCAAAAUAUAAACAAUCGAUGCCAUUUUGUUCUUAUAGUUUAAUGUAAGCUAUGUAGCAUCUAAGUAUGUUGUCAUCGAGUUAUUUGUACGUGCUGUUUGAAAAUACAAAAAAUGUUAUUAGUAAUCUUUGUAUUGACAAUCUUGUACAGUUUGCCCUCUUUGUAAGCUGGAAUUGUAACUGUAAAGUUAUUCAUUGGGAGACAUUUUAAUCAAUUUAUCAAAGUUAUUAAAAGCAGAAAAUUCUG